ACAAAAUUUACCACCUCAGUGAUUAUACAUUCCACUUCCUUAAACAACAACACAUUUAUUAAAAAUCUGUGUAUUAUCAGUGUUAGAUUAUGCAGUGCGUCCACCAUACGAGUCUCUGUGAAUGAGCUGUUACUAUAGAAACGAUAACAUGUCAGAACGAGUGAAUUCAUAUAAACCUGUCCAUCAUGUUACAGCCGGAACUACUUUCCAAGUUCGUGACCUUCUGACCAAUCGGAUUCAAGCAGUCGACUGUGCUGUGGUAUGAGGGCUAUUGAACUUUGUUCACGGCUGUAACACACAGAAGCACGACUCACUUGCUCAGCUGGACAAGUACAGAGAUCCUCUGAGUUUUCGGGGAAUCGUGAUUCGGGUGUUUGUUGCGUACCGGACCAGCGGGGGGAAGUUUCACAUCUUUCCAAACAGACCAAACUAUAGGAAGGUGAUACUGUGUGCCAUGGAAAGUUCAUCUCCUCACAUGCCUCCGUCUGACUUGAUCCUGCUCAAUCUGUCGCUAGCUAACCUGCUGACGUCGCUGUUCCGCACCGUGCCCAUUUUCAUCUCAGACCUGGGUCUGGAAGUGUCUCUGGAGACGAACUGGUGCCGAAUGUUCAUGCUGCUGUGGGUAUGGUGGCGCUCAGUGGGCAGCUGGGCCACGCUGUCCCUCAGCAUCUUUCACUACACCACGCUGAGACGUAAGCACGUGGCCAUGGGCCCGCUGGCGCAGCAGAAGGACCGAAGACAUGUCGUUCUGGCACUGGGAGUCGUCUGGGGCACCAACCUGGUGUUUUCUCUACCCGCCGCCUUCUACUCUAAACAUGUCAGUGGAAAUGCCACCUUCGAUUUCAUGGUGAUCAGCUGCACCACGCGCCCGCUCCUCGGCUGCAUGUGGGAAUUCCCAUCCAGACAGCAGGGUGUGGCCUUCGCCUCCACCUCACUCGCUCUCAACGAGGUGCUGCCUCUGCUGCUGAUGGUGAGUAUUAACAUUGCGACUCUCCGGGCUCUGGCGAAACACAUCCGCAUGGUGACGGUGGGCGUGGAGAAAGGAGCGGCUCACGUGCACACGGAGCGGAAGGCGGGUCAUGUGAUCAUGACGCUGGUGGCGCUGUUCGUCAUAUGCUGGGUGAUGCAGGUGGCCGCUGUCACUUAUUAUAACUACAACGGUGGCGUGCACACCGAGGGCCUGCUGACCGUCUCACAGUUCUCCGCCUCCGUCUUCGGGGGCUUCAGCCCCAUAGUGGUGACGUUCGGCCACGGCAAACUGCGCAAGAGGAUCAUGAUAAUGGUGCAGGAGCUGUGCGUCUGGGCGGGCUGCAGAACCACCGAGAGCGAGGACAACAGUAAGAAGAAGAGGGCGCUGGAGAGCACCACGGUCUCGUACAAACAAGAGAGCCAGACAAAGAACGUGACGAUGUGACUCGACGUGAGCACUGAGGAAAUCAACACAACCGCCUGUCAUGCACACAUAUACAUCUACACGAUUCUCCAACUGGAAAGUUUGGAGUGUGUCAAAGAGUAAACAAAACAACCAAACAAAAAGUGUGUGCGUGUGUAACAGGUCAGUCAAUUCAUUGUAUAGCGCUAAAAAAACUAUUUAAAAUUAAAUAGCUCACACUGUGAACAUCAUAAAUUACACGCUGGCCUAAAAUACAAAAAAGUCUGACAACCAAAUAUAAACAGCCACGAACAAAUAUCCACUAGCAGCAACCCAGGAACAGCCACAAAUGACCAACUCCUAAAGAACAGCCACUAAAGAACAGCCACUAACGAACAGCCAUUAAUGAACAGCCACUAAUAAACAGCCCACUAACGAACAGCCCACUAACGAACAGCCAUUAAUGAACAGCCACUAAUAAACAGCCCACUAACGAACAGCCCACUAACGAACAGCCAUUAAUGAACAGCCACUAAUAAACAGCCCACUAACGAACAGCCCACUAACAAACAGCCACUAACACCCACUAAUGAACAGCCCACUAAAGAACAGCCCGCUAACGAACAGCCCACUAAUAAACAGCCACUAAUGAACAGCCCACUAACGAACACCCACUAACGAACAGCCCACUAACGAACAACCACUAAUAAACACCCACUAAAGAACAGCCACUAAAGAACAGCCUCUAACGAACAGCCCACUAACGAACAGCCACUAACACCCACUAACGAAUAGCCCACUAAUAAACACCCACUAAAGAACAGCCACUAGAGAACAGCCCACUAAUGAACAGCC